CUCAAAUCCAUCCAAGUUUUUCUGUGGACUGAAACCACCCUCGGAGAAGAUCGGCGCGGUGCUGCCGUUGUUGCUUCACUCUCAAUGGAGCUAUCUGCUCCUCCCUCUUUUCCAGCAUUUCCUUCUUACCCACUUCUAAAUUCAAGGGUUAGGGUUUUCAACGCAAUACCCAACCCCACGCCCUCACCUUUCCAAGCUUCAAUCUUUUCACUCAAUCCACGCAAACUCACUCCAAUGGAUCUUCCCAGAAACGUCUCUUCCGCUGCCGUGGUGGGAGACAAUGAUUCGGCGACGACGACGUUGCCUAUCGACUCAGGUGCUAGAAUCGGAGAGGUUAAAAGGGUCACUAAGGAGACCAAUGUAUCAGUCAAAAUAAACUUGGAUGGUUCCGGGGUUGCUGAUAGUAGUAGCGGAAUUCCCUUCCUCGAUCAUAUGCUCGAUCAACUUGCAUCACAUGGGCUGUUUGAUGUACACGUAAAGGCUACUGGUGACAUACAUAUUGAUGAUCAUCACACAAAUGAAGAUGUCGCACUUGCUAUUGGAACAGCUUUGCUGCAGGCUCUUGGUGACAGGAAGGGUAUUAACCGGUUUGGUAACUUCUCUGCUCCACUUGAUGAGGCAUUAAUACACGUCUCGCUGGAUUUGUCUGGCCGGCCAUAUCUAGGAUAUAAUUUGGACAUACCCACUCAGAGGGUUGGGACAUACGAUACUCAGUUGGUGGAACACUUCUUCCAAUCAUUGGUGAACACGUCUGGUAUGACACUUCACAUUCGCCAGCUUGCUGGAAAAAAUUCCCAUCAUAUUAUUGAGGCAACCUUUAAAGCUUUUGCUAGGGCUCUUCGACAAGCAACAGAGUAUGAUACACGUCGCCUUGGAACUGUACCAAGCUCUAAGGGGGUUCUGUCUCGUAGCUGAUAUCUUCUAUUGGACCUUCAUAUAUUUUUUUGGUAUAUCAUAAUUGUUGUGUGAUGAUAAAUGCUUGUUGUACGUAUAUUUAUUUUAGAAAUAAAACUAUUUUGGUAGUGUUA